GGAAGUAAUUAAUAUUCGAGGAAGAAGAUUAGAGAAAAUAACUCACAACUUACAAAUCAUUAAGCUUCAAAGUAGCAAAACCAAGAUGGAAGAGUUUAGCUCCUCAUUUGGAGACUAAACAUGAUAAAAGUAUAAAGAAAGAACUUGUCUAAACUGAGCUUAGAAGUAUAUAGGAAUUGGUGAUCUAUUGUGGAGGAAAUGGGGUGUAUUUAUAGGCUUUUUGGGCUUGCAGGGUCAUGUACCCGAUCGGGUAUAUUGGGUACUCGAUCGGGCCUUCAGUUGCUUCGCGGAAGCUGGAAAAACAUGGGGUAUACCCGAUCGGGUAUGUCGGCUACCCGAUCGGGUAUAGACACUCGAUCGUGGUUAAAAUCUUCUCUGCAUGUUGCCUUGUUCGCGGAUUUAUCCGAUUUGAUUUUUCAGCAACUUACCCGAUCGAGUAUAGGGUAUACUCGACCGGGUACAACACCAAAAAUCAGGAUCUUCAUUUUGUUUUGGAAUUUUUGCACCUUCCUUCCACUUGUGAUGUUCACCAAUGGUCUCUAGAGUGGUCUUGGACCUGUUUGAGCUCAGAACAAACCUAAUCUAAACAAUUUACAAACAUUUUACAAACUAAACUAUUACACCAAAAGUGUGUAAUUUCUAGAGUAACAAUCACUCAAAACUAAUCAAAAACACAAUUAUAAACGUGGAAAUAACAUGAAUGUCAAUAAUACAUAAGUUGAGCUCCAUUAAUGGAGGUUUGUUGCUAUUCUACAAAGGAGGAAGAAGAAACACUACAUGGGAGAGAGAAGCUCUCUCCAGGAGAGAAGAGCCAGAAAGCGGGAUCCUUUAGCAGGAAGCUUUGCAAGCUUCCUAUUUAUAGAUGGGGGAGGGGUGUGAGGGUUUUCCCCAUUUGAGCCAAUGGGCCUAAAUGGGCCGUGUUGGGCCGGAAUGGGCCUGUUAGGCCGAAACGGACCAUGCCGACUGGGCCCCGUACCGAGGCGGUGUCUUGGGCCUCUGAACAAUAGUAGGCCGGGAUAAUAUAUCCCAACACGACGUUAGAUCCAGUUCAAUCAUGUUUUCACAACGUAACCAAUACGGAGAACUCGUUUCCCAGGACACUUGUGGAGUGCAUAAAAGCAACUCCAAUGCUCUUGGUCAGGUGAAGUGGCAAAAAAAUGAUCUGGGUCUAUUUAGAAAAGUUGGUCCACUAUUCACAAAAAAGAUGGUUCAUUGGAAGAGACCUCCAAUGCGCAACAAUGAACUCAAAUACAAAACAAGAAGCAAACAUUGGAAAUUAAAGAGAAAAGCAAAUGUAUGGUCUUCAAUAAAUAUAGGCCCACCCUUGUUUGUCAGAGGGUUGCACCGAGGGUCCAUUUAUGGACCUCGUGCUAGACUUUGUUCCAUUUUGUUGAUUUCCAUAUAAGCUUCACCAUGUCCAUUUCUUUUUGCAUUGGAGUAGGCAAUUAUGUUUGAGGUGUGCAUUUGAUGAGGUGGAACAACAAUGGACCUCUACAUUGGAGAUGCCCUAAAAGUCUCCGUUAACCGUCGUAAAAGGUCUCCGUUACCCUCAUCUCUGCCCUCUCGACACAAAAGGCCGCCCAAUCGCUAAACUCUUCGAAAACCGCGAGAAGAUGAAUAGCAAGAGAGCAUCUUCCGCUCACAGGAAGCAGAAAUCAGCUCCGAAAGCAAAACAAUUGCAGUUUAGUCCAAUUGCAGAGGACAACGUUUCAUGCGAUAGUCCGGAAUAUUCACCCUUUCCUGAUGACCAAACGAACGAUCCGGAUUGUUCAGGUUCUCCUCAUCACUAUACGGACGAGGAGAACGCGUACGUAUUCUCGCUUACUCGUUCACUCAUUCCUAAUCACUAUUCUCGCUUACGCGUAUCAACGGUCGAAUAUGGCUCCAUUGCAACUUCACGGCUAAGACAAAAAUGACUAGUGGUGGGGAUGGAGAUUGUUCCGUCAAGCUCUUCUUUGCUGAGCUAUUUGUUUCUUCGGUGACCUGAGAAGUCAACUACUGUUGUGUCUUGAAAGGUAUUGAAACUGCUUAAUAACCCCACUCUCCCACCCUCAUCUGUCAUGUUGUGCUUCCACCAGUACAACAUUUCUGUGGGCACAGCUAAUCUGUCAACAAUUCAAAUUGUAAAAGUACAGAGAAAUGAAGUUAACAGUUUUUAAUAUCCCACAGGUAAAACCACCGGCUGUUGGUGGUGUGAGGAUUAUGUUAAGCAUCCAACUAACGGAUUCCAUGAGGGGCGAACCUAUGCUUUGCGCUCUCGCUCUCGUUCUGCCUCACGAUAACUGAAACCCGUAACAUCUAUUGCUUGCAGUUGGCCAGAAUUGCUACCUGCCUGCCAAGUUACUUUAGAAGCACAAUUCAACAUAGGAUAUCAUUGAUUCACAAUGAAGGUUGACAACAGUGUAUUUCAAA